CAUCAGUGUGAAACUGUACCGAACGAAACGACAAUGAGGCUGCUGACCAUUUUAACGCUCUUCUGUGUCCUGGCCGCCGGGUACACUCAAAGCCAUGAUCUUGUACUCGGUCAGGCGACAUACGGUGACGUCAUCAUCUACAAAGUCAACGAAUACAAGUACGGGUUCCCGUUCUUCGUGAGAACGAGUAUACUGGAGUAUCCAGAACCUGGACAAACAAACUUCGCGUAUAUAAAAGCUAUAUAUAUCAAGGAUAAUGAUAGAGAUGGGACAGGCGGUUGGCCGACGGUAUCCGCUGGUGGUGUUGGUCAGAGAUUUGUCAAGAUUAAACUAAAGAGCCAAAGAGGUUAUGGUUUGAAUUUCACGGUCACAAUUUACGGAAGAUAUUAAGUCUGAUCGAAAUGUGCCAAAAGUAUUAUGUUGUUGUUUUCAUUUUUAUUUUUAAUAAAUAUAUUUAUUGAUUGUUAA